GUGAGAAUGAAGACCAUUCUCAGCAAUCAGACUGUCGACAUUCCAGAAAAUGUCAACAUUACUCUGAAGGGAUGCACAGUUAUUGUGAAGGGCCCCAGAGGUACCCUGCAGAGGGACUUCAAUCACAUCAAUGUAGAACUCAGUCUCCUUGGAAAGAAAAAGAGGCUCCGGGUUGACAAAUGGUGGGGGAUUAGAAAGGAACUGGUGACUGUUUGCACUAUCUGUAGCCAUGUACAGAGCAUGAUCAAGGGUGUUACACUGGGCUUCCGUUGCAAGAUGAGGUCUGUGCAUGCUUACUUCCCCAUCAACGUUGUUAUUCAGGAGAAUGCUUCUCUUGUUGAAAUCCGAAAUUUUUUGGGUGAAAAAUAUAUCCGCAGGGUUUGGAUGAGGCCAGGCGUUGCUUGUUCAGUAUCUCAAGCCCAGAAAGAUGAGUUGAUUCUUGAAGGAAACAGCACUGAACUUGUGUCAAACUUGGCUGCUUUGAUUCAGCAAGCCACAACAGUUGAAAACAAGGAUAUCAGAAAAUUUUUGGAUGGUAUCUAUGUUUCUGAAAAAGAAACAGUUCAGCAGGCUGAAGAAUAAGAUCUGAGUGAUCCAGCUACAGAAACCGCAAGAGGCCAGA